CCGAAUCAGUUGCUUGGUACAUCUCAAACGUUGCGGACGCAUUUCCGGUUAACGGAACAUAACGGCACGUACGGUUAUUACAUUACACACAAUUGACAAACCGAAGACACAAGUAUACAUAUAAAGUCGCCCAGCGUUACAGGACGAAGGCGGGAGGUGGAUACAUUGAGACGGAAAAAACCUGCAUCCAUUGUCGGGCUACAACAACACUAGUUGGCGGCUGGCCAUCGUCGCGGCUAUUAUGCAUAUUUUCACGCUUUUUAAUUGAUUUAUUUUGUAAACAAUUUCCAUUUUAUUUGCGAAAUACGGGCGAGAAGAGAAACGGCGAGCAAAGAGUGUGUUAAUUUGCGAAAAACAUGAAUGAGCGGCAGCGAAUUGCAUUACAAUAAUAUGAAUGUGCUAUACCGUUAGAGAGAAAUCGGCUGGAAAAUUUAGAAAAUCGCAGAAGAAACGUUAACGUAUUUUUUUUUCUCGUGUGGCUAGACGCCAUUUACAGUGUACGAUUAUAAGUACAUUGGCUGCUGGAUGAGAACGGAAACGGUAGAGGGGGUGCGUGAGGGCCGCUGGUGUAACGGCCAACGGAAAAGUUGAAAGAUUGGCGAAUAGUGUAAAAUUCGUGUAACAUCGCAUAACAUAUAAAGAAAUGCAGUCGAAGUGGUGUGCAAUAGUGCCGUGAUUAUUUAUGAAAGGCAAAAAUAAUGAAAACAAAAUCAAAUCAAAUUAGUGCUAAUAAUUAAAAGGAAAUUAAUACAGCAAUUUGCGAAAUUGUGGUUUGGAACAGAAGUUCUGCAAAAAAUCAUAUACAAAUCUCAAAAUUAUUAUUUAUGUGUUUGUAUUGAUUUGCGCACGUGUGCGUUGACUGUCAAAUGUGUGUGUACUUGAGUGUGUAGGUGAAUGCGAAAAAUUGAUACAAUACAGAAAAUUCCGACAGAAUUGAAAAUUUCUGUCGAGAAUACGAAAAUUUCACUCCAUGCAACUACAACAACUACAAUAACAACAAGAAGCCAACCGACACCACCGCUAUCAUUGCCAACAGAGUCAAAUAAUUACAACAAUAAUAACGAGACUAACUACAGCAGCAAGCAGUAGCAUUAAAGCACCAAAAACAAUUACAACAACAAAGCAGAAGUAGUAGCAGCAACAAAUAACCACCAACAACGACCCACCCUUGUUGCAUACGCAGUCACUCAUAAUCACAGCCAGUCUACACCGCUACCACCACCGACAACGUCCUUUGCUUGAACGCGUCCACCAACAAAUAGCCACCCACCCACACCCGCAACCGCCCGCCACCUCAUUGCUGCAGGGAUAUAGCGCGCAUCCUGCAAGCAUCCUGCGUGUGUGCCAACAAACAGUCAAUCAACGUAAGCAACCCACCCCCACCAAACAACGCAGUCGAACCGAACAGACAAGCCGGCACUCGAGGCUCACGUACACACCAUAUACACCGUUGAACACGCUCUCUUUCUCUCUGGCGUUCGAGUGCGCCAGCACUCUCAAUUGCCGACUGUAAACAACAAAAAGGCUGGUGAAUUCAGAAUUCUAGUGCAGUCGCAACAAAAAUAAACAACCGAAUUGUGGGAAACAUUUUUUGCACGCCAAACGGUAAACAAACAGUAUACCGACAGUUUAGAAGUUGCACACAACGUCGAGAAAGCCGAACGCGAGAUACGGUGCAGGGGAAAGCGGGCGCAGGUGGACUGACGAAGCAGCAUCUGUAACGGCAACUAUUAAAGUUUUGCGUUUGUUUUUGUAUUUGAUUAUCUUGUUGUUGUUGUUAUUAUUGCCCACAUUUCCGCUUUGUCACUGAAACAAUAAGCCAAAGGAUAUGAAGGAUAUACUGGCGGCGCUGAUGAUGAUGACGCUGCUGCGUCGGCAGUUGCAGGAUUCGCAAAGGAUAAGUUUCUUGGUGCAAUAUUUGACGAAAUCCGUCCAUUGUUUUCAACAUAUACAGGAAUAAACCCGAAAUGAUAUACAAUUAAGCAAUGCUGAAGUCAAUACUUAAAUAAUAAGUCAUAAGUAAUAUUAUAAAUAAAUAUAAAAGUAUUAAAACUCAAACGGCAACUAAAUUUUCGGACACGAUGUUCGGCUCGAAAUUACGUUCAUGGAUGGAAAACCACAUUGGGCGCCCGCGUAAGAAGGGCGCCAAAAAUAAAACUAUAAACAGCAAUACUGUCAGUGCCGCCACUGCCGCGGGCUGCAGUCAUGAGGCAUAUCAGCAUCACGUUGGUAGCAACAAAAAGAUUUCCAGCAGCAAUUCGAGCGCAAUUUUUACGCUUCAUCACGCGCGCAGUAACGGCGCGUCUUCCACGUCACCAUCAAUCACUGCCAACUCGUCCGUAUCCGCGGCGCCGACAAUGACGACAGUAAUGGUUUCGCCCAGCACGAUGUCCUCAUUCGGUGCUAAUCAUCACAAUGGUGGAGGUGGCGGUGGCGGCUGUGGCAGUGGUAGUGGAAGCGGUUGCGGCAGUGUCAUUGCUAGUCCAGUCAGGCGUCGUGAAGUCUCGCCUAUUCAAGGCCAUACGCAGAGUCGUUACGGUUGGCAGUCACCGGAUCAGGAGACAAUCACUUCACCGAAAUCCGACAAUUUCCUAUAUGCGCCACAACAUCGCGUACGCAGCCAAUCGCAUCACACAAAUCACCAUCACCAUCAACAGCAGCAACAUCAACAACAACCUCCUUAUACAGUGCCAAACAGCAAGGAUAAUUCAAGUGAUGAUCGUUCAUUGCAAGCAAGGUCAUUCACACAAUCGUACGGUCACCAUAUACCAUCACAACAGCAGCAACCCUCACAGCUGCCGCAGAAUACAGUACAACAUCCCGCCGAUUGCUCUUCGUCAUCAAUUUCGUCGCUAUCGUGGUCCACUGGCUCUAAAGAGCCUUCCAUGAACUCAAGCGGCAACAACAACAGCAAUAGUAAAGCUGGUCACAACAAUUGCAAUAAUAAUAGUACGUUUACAAAACCUCUCCCUACACCCGAGGAACAAGUUAACAGUACUACAGAUUUGCGACAUUUCGAAGAGGAGGAUCCAAAUACCGUUCACUAUGAGGAGAUCCGCACUAUUUUACGUCAUCCUGAUCUUUGUAGUUCUAAUUACAAUAGUAACAACAAUAGCAAUAAUCCUUUUCUCAUACAUGAACGUCCCAAAUCCGAGCAGCUCACCUCGUUUACACCAGCGCGUUCACUCUACGCGGACAGGCGUUCGCAGGAUGACGCCUCCACGCGCUACGGACGUCUUUUGCCUUCGAAGAUUCAAAGCUGCAGCAACUCGAAUGACAGUUUGAAUGCGAAUGGCUCGAUGACGUAUGUAAGAAGUGGCAGCGCUGAAUAUAUAUCCCAACACUUUCAAAGUUCGGCUAAUGGAUAUGUGUGCAGUACCUCGGGCGAGUUUUCUUCGAGUCAUCAGUCUGGUAAUUUGAACAAUUUAGCAACCAUGCAUUGUCAGCGCUCACGUUUGCGUGGCGGUCGGUUUGGCAAUGGACACGUUCUAAACGGCACACAACCAGGGGCAAGUGUGGCUGGCGUACCGCUCCAUAGUCUCUCAUCGCCGGAAAGUGCUUACUCUACUGGCUAUUCCACCGACGGUACUUCGCCAGGCGCCAUUUACACGCCACCGGAAUACUAUAUUAAUAUGCGUACCGGCACUCAUUACUUUCCGAAGAGCGUAAACUCGCUGGCCAUCGAGGCGCAGCGGUACAAAUUUGGUCUGAAUAAAAUAGAAGAAAUGUCUCCCAUAGAUCCUAUGCCAAAGACUUCAUUCGCCAAUGCUUCCAGCCUAUACAAGCGCGCCGAUUCGUAUGAUAUGGGCCAAGGUUGCAGCAACAACAACGGCACGCAUCAUGAACCGUUCAUACCAUUAGAUGCCCCACAUGCCAUCCAACAUCCUGAAAGUGUUGGACGACAUAGUCCCUUACCGUUACGUAACACUAUUGUUUUGCCCACCUUGAAGGGUUUUGAAUCACCCUCCCCCAGACAACGUUGUCGCAUACGUACGAAUCCGUGGUAUCUCACAACGGAAGCAAAUGCACCAGCGGCAGGAAGUGUAAGCGUACAGAAUGUGUUAGCAUUUUUGCCACCACCGCCACCAACACAACCGCCGCCAACGGCGAUGUCAACAACAUCUGACACGUCGACGAUUUCCUCGUCAGCGCACUCAACGAGGCUGCCUGAGGCUGUCGGCACGCCUUCGCGCCAUCAGAAACCGGGUAAGAUGACGACAAGUGGAAGUUCAGGAGGUGGGCGAAGAGAACUUGAUGCCGCAAGCACAUCGUCAUCUGGAAAAAGAUCCAGUAAUGCAACAACGGAUGGACGCCGGGUAGUGCAACACAUCCAACAGACAAGUGACAUGAACAAUGCUGGCAAGGUGUCUGCAGGGUAUGAGUCGACAGAGAGCUCUUCGUCUUUGACUGAAGUGGAAAAUAUGCAAAAGAACUACACACCCAACACUGUGCGUCGUAAGCGUGCAGAGCAAUUGCAGAUGAAGGUAGGUCAGCCUCUAGCUGCCGUGCUGGCGAGUGUGUGCAUUAUAAGUGAUGAGCGUGCUGGAAGCAACAGGGAACCGAUAUUAAGUGAUGAUGAUGCCACGCUAAACGAGAUGAUGGGAAAAUUUGAUGAGAGUUACGUGUAUGAGAAGGAGACUGACAUACUCAGCAGUGAUUCUGACCAAACGGAUUGUCCCUCCGACUUAGACACCGGGCAGGAUGCGGGAGAUGAAUGUGAUACUGACGAGCUGCUCGACAUAGACUUCAUUGAUACCUCAUCUAUGCAGGAGGUUUCUGAGCGUAGAGGCUCAGAUUGCAAUUUGGGUAGUUGUUAUUACUACAACCAGAGUCCAAAGUCGGUGCAUCAGCACAGUGGAAAACGCGCAUCCGUUCGCUCGCGCAGAAGUUCAAGAAGUUUGAAAAAUGGCCAAGAAGAAAGCCAUGCCGUCAUGGCUACUGGGAAUAGUUCACAGCGACGGCGUAAGCGCUUUCUGAAGACACGCAAGAAGAGUGCCGAAAAUCGUAACGAACAACCGAAUUCACCACACAAAUCUCGAAAGUCACGCAGUGUAGGUGGUACGCCAGUGUGCGUGCGCAGACAAAGACAUAUCACAGCGAAGAAUAGGAUUUAUGAGACUUCGCCGCUUACAAAUAGAUCCAGCUCACUGGUGUUUACAGACGUACGAGAUACUAAACGUUUUAUGACAAUCGCGGAGAGUGAACGGGCUUUGUUGAAAGCGGAUUUGGAGGCAGAUGUUAAAUACAGACAACUCAUACAGGAAGCUGAAUCCCUACUAGUCUCCAUGAAAAACAGUAUGCAAAGCAUACCACGUGACACACCCGUCUCAAGUCCACGACGAGUCAAUCCUCUGGCCAACAAGCGAGUAGAAAUGUUAAAAAACUGUGAAACAGAAACACGCCGCGAACAGCUUAAGCAAGCGCAGCAACGAUCUUUGGAUGCUAUCCAUUUAGAAAAGCUACAGAAACAGCAACAACAAGAGUUGGCGGCCGCUAUUAAUCGACGUAUAGACCUACUGCGACAUGCACCUGCGUCAGCACCUAAUAGUCCACGGUUCAGUCGCUGCAGCCCAAGGAAAACCCACAUAACGAAUUUCAUCAAUCAAAAUGUGCCACCAGAGGUACCAGCGCUCAAAUCAGUAGAAGCAUCAAAACCUCCACAGUCUCCACAGCUACAACUAAAUGGCCGACUAAUGCCACAGAGCACAAAAUCCACAACCAUACAAGAACGCAGAUUCCGUAGCCAAUCACCAGUGUCGCGACACAAGCUUGGUGCUUAUUUGCAACGUGGUCAAAACUUCGAUAGCGACUCUGAUUCCGAGUUUCAAAACAAAGAUUAUGAGGAAAAUCAACUAAGAAAUGACGAUUACAAAGAGCAACCGAACAAAAUCUCGGAUGUGGAUGCUGUAAACCAUAAUUACUUGCCAGAGUUCGCACGACUUUCACGUUAUGAUGAAGCAGAUUUGUCUAACCACAAUGUGACCAAUUUGAAGAUAAAAUCAGGCAAUUCAGCUGCUGAUUGGCAGACGCGAAUAAUGCAAGCUUGUCCUCAGAGCGAGCCGCUGAAGAGAAAGGUUUAUAGCGGCAGCUCGACAUUUGAGCGCAUCAAAAAAAGUUUCGAUUUGGAGGCGGAAAUCCCAAAACAAGCAAUGUUGGCAAAAAUACAUAAUUUGAGGCGUCGGGAGCGUCAAAGCUCGAAUGCACGUUUAAACACACACAUAAGCAGUCACGACUUACAUCUAGCAGUGGGAGAAUAUUGUACCGGUGAUAGUGAAUUUGCUGCCACCAACGGUGAUGAGGUUAAUAAAAAGCAAAUGAUCCUCAGUACAAUUGCAGAUCUGAAACGUAGUCUUGAGUCACAGAGCGUCGAGCUUAAUGGACUCAAUGAGGACGAAUGAUAAAAACAAAAAUAAUGUUUAGAAGAGUAAAUGUGAGUUCUGGACUGUUUUGGUUAUAGGAACUGCUAAAUUAACUCACAAAUAGUACAUAAAUCCUAAACCUACCGUACCAGUUCAGCCUUGUAAUACUGUCCAAUCAGCCAAAAGACUUAAAGCAUUAUCUCUGUUUCCUAAAAUACUCAUGAUCUUUUAGGAAAACACUAAAUUUUAUUUUUAUUUUCUUGAACUCAAAAUAAUUACGUUGUUAGACUAUAUUCGAUUCAAAAUGGUAAUUUUAUAUAACUUGUUCUCAAUGUGUUACGAGGCGAUUGAAGGCCUGAACAUUGGUUAACUAUCUAUAUAAAUCAAAUAAGAAAAUAUUUUAUUAGCGAACCGCACUCCACAAAUAAAAAUAAUCGAGGAUUUGUUUUCUGAAUGAAAAGUCGUUUCAUAACUUUUAUAACCUGUUCGUAAUUGGAGAAAACUUCAGAAACCUACAACCUUAAGUUUUGCCAGAGAACAUUAUAUCAAAAGUGAUUUUUCCUGUCAACAUUCGGGCAGGUUUUGUAACUUCUGUAAAUUUCAGUUUUUGAGUAUCAAAGCACCCCUAUGUAAGUAAUAAUUAUUUAAUUGCAAACUAAGAGAGUGUAGUUUUAACCAAAAUUAUUGGUUUUUCUGUCUAAAUGCAUUCAUUUAAGCUUUUUAAUUGAACACUCACACAACCCGCCCUUUAAAUAACUCAUCCGCCCUAUUAGUGUAUCACCUUUUAGAUUUCAUUUACUGACUCUACUUUGAUUUGACACUGACUAUAUAUGUAUUUAUACUUGUAUGUAUAUACGAUGAAUAUAUAUUGGUACAUAUAUGUAACGUGUAAACAUAGCUAUAUACAGUACCUACAUAGGUAUUUAUAUAUACAUACGUUAAUUAAAUGUCAUUGACUUAGAAUAACGUUAAAAAUAUUGUAAUUAUGCAAUUAUUAAGUAAUAACAGGGAACGAAUCGAUAAUACAAUUGAUAAUUAUGGUAAAGAUUGUAUAAAUGGCGUCAUCAACGUUCAGAAUAUUUCCCAUUGACAGGAAAUAACAUACACACAUACACAAGUGGUUGAAGGUUACUCAUACGACAUGUCGAAAGAACAAACACAGCGUAAGAAAUAUACAUAAAAACUAACAUUAAACAAGUAUUACAAUUAAAAUGUUGUUACUAAAUAUUGAUAUGAAUAUGCUCAGCGUAAAGUAAGCCGUAAGAUAGAUUGAAAAAUCUCUAUUUAUGUUUAUAUGAAAGCGAAAAACAAUAAGUAAAGUAUAAUUGAAGGACUGAAAUAAUUGCCACAUUGCUAUUUACCACAUAAUUGACGAACACUAUAUCCACAUAUCUAUGCAUAAAUAUGGCAGCGUUAAUAUAGAAAUUCGUGAAGAUAUAACUAUACAUAUGUGGAUAAUUAUGCGAGUAUAUGGCAGAUAAAUCUUAAGCGGGAACGAUGCAUAUUUUUUAAGCCUCGAAAACAUUAUGAUUGAUAUUGUACUCGAACGUAUGUAGUAGCUAUAGAAAUCUUAUUUAUCGCAGAACUAAACAGAUCAUAUUUAACAUAUACUUAUAUGUAUACAUUUGUUCACUGCCAAUAGGUGAAGAGCGUGAGUUUACACAUAUGUAUAUACAUAUAGUACAUAGGUACUAAGAAAUGGGUUUGCCGCUUUAUUUCUUGAUGACGAUUGGUUAAAUUUAAUUAUUUUGAUAUGGAUGAAAAGGUCCUAAGUGCUAAUUCCUACGUAUUCCAAGAUAUAUGAAUGAUCCUUCAGUAUUAACUUCAUGCAAGUGAGCUGUUUAUGCAAUUUUGUUGGUGAUCAAAACCAAACAAUUAAUAAACAGAGCUCAGAAAAAUAAAUAAUAGUCGCAACAAUAAAUAAGUUCUAAGUUUUCUGAAACUUUUCACUUCAAUAAAUUUAUUCUAAGUCUAUUCAGUAAUGUAUAUCUAGCUACUGAAGAGCAGUUAACGCUCUUCACAAUUUAAACAGCCAGCAAAGUAAGGAAAUGAAGAGUACAAUGUGUUAUUUGUUACUGCUAAAGUUUCUGCAAAAAUAAAUGUAGUUUUGACAGAUAAAGGGUGAUUUGAAAAGUGACGUUUUCUUGCAUAUGGCAAAAACACAAAAAAUAUGAAAGACUCAAUUAAAAAUUUUGUUGCAUCGGUGAUGCUGAAAUUUCAACUGAAGUAAAUUUGCGUAGUAAAGACAACUCCAGGAUUGGUUCACUGAAUGAAAAAAUAUUUUCAUAACUUUUAUAAACUGCUCGAAAUUGGAGAAACCUACAACGUUAAGCUUUCUCAGACAACAAUAUGUACAUAUGUCUAAAGUGUUCUUAUCUGUCAAAAUUCUUACCUUUUUUGUAAUUUUGUAAAACUCUAAAAGUAGAAUUAGUUUUUGAGUUUCAAAAUAGCCCAUAAUGAUGAGAAUUGCUGCCACAAUAUCAUAUCAUAUAGGUACCACGCCUAGAAAAAUUGUCAAGUGAUUUACAUUUCGAUAGUUUCGCUUAUUAUGAUUUUAACUAAAUUAAACUACAGAAAAAUGCACAAUUCCAAAAAUAUUCUAGAAAAUUUGUAUUCUCAACAUUUUGAUGAAAAAGCAAUAAGCUAGUACAUAAACCGACAGGAUGAGAACCGUACUAUUAUAUUGCAUUUAAUACAUAUGCACUUAAGCAGAAAUCGGAAAGAGUGCUCUAAAUUUGUGUUAAAAUAUACAUAUUUUUAUACAAAUGUAAUUGACUUCCUGAAUUCCGGAGUAUUAUUAAAUAUUCAAUUUGCAAGUGAGUAAUGACUUAAUUACACAAGUUUCGAUUUAACUACUUGUAUAAUUUAAUCGGAUUACAGCGACCUUCCGACGACAUCCAAAGUUCAUAUUAAGCUUUACCUAGGCACACGUGAUCUGUAAAACAAAAUUAGAUGUAAAUACAAUAUGGCAUAUCCAUACUUUGUAUUUACACAAAAUUUGCAAAUAUUUACUUACACUAGCUUUCAUAUGUUAUACUUAAUAAAUAUAAAUUGUAAUUUUUUUAAAAUGUAAAUACAGUAUUCAUAUGACAUACUAACGGUAUUCAUUAAAAGUAAUAUUUCAAAACUUUUCUAGAGGCUUUACGCACAUUUAAUUAUGAGGCAUUCCCUUUUAAUUUACAAAUAAAGUAAAGUGCCAUGACGACUUGGCUUUAUGCACAGAAAUCUAAUUAACUACAAAUUAUGUAAAAGUCAAUAAAUGUAAGAGUAAUUUAUAUCAAUUGUGCAAUCAAUAACAGGGCUGCAUGCAGUUACUUACGAAUAUUAAACGGUGCUUCAAGGAAUAAUUGAAAACAGUUGCAGAUUGUAUUUAUAUAAGAAUAUACAACAAUAAAAAUGAAUUAAAAUUAAUGAAGCCCUAUAUACACUAUACUCGUACGAUAACGGAUCUAGUUUAAAAUACGCAUACAUACUCGUACAACAAUACAUAUGUAUAUGCGUUUUUGGUCGUAAGAUUAAGCCGAAAUCUAUGAAAAGUCAAUGGCAAAUAACUACAAGAUUUAUAAGCGGAAGUUAUUUAAUACAAUUAUACAUAAAAUGCAUAUAUACAUAUGUAUAUGAGUAGCAAUUAAUAGAACGCACACAAACCUACAAUAUGAGCUGUUACUCUUCAUCUAUAAUCACUAGUAUCGAAGGAAAUCGGAAGAAACCGUGAAGUACGGAAAAAUCAUUGGAAUUAAACAUAUUAAUCGGCGAGUCCUAAAUACUCACAUCCUUAAACUAGAAAUAUUUAGUAUUAUCAUAUACGCUUAUCAUAAAAAAAUAUCAUCUAACGUGGGGUUGUGUAUUCAAAUAUUUAUAAAACUAAUUAUUUAUUAAUUACUUGAGAACAUGCGACAGGAACAUAAAUAUUAAUAAUUUACCCCUUAAAUACAUUUAACAACUUUUUAUGCAUUGUUUUAAGUUCAACAUUCAGCGCUGCGCAGCAGAUUUCUAAUGAGACAAUUAAAAAACUUCGAAAUUGAUUAGUAUUUGUGCUCAAUUAACCACACAAUGAAAUGCUAACUUAUUGUCCAACUAGAAAGGUUAAAUUGAAGUAAAAACCCGCAUUCAAUUUUGUGAUUUGAUAAAACUUUUUGAGAAUCCUAAUUGUCAACAGAGACAAAAUGACAGAAAACUACGAAUUUUGCCACAGAAAUUUCACAUAUAAAACUAAAUUAUGUUUUCGACAGCUGUGAACCAGUACCAAUUGAGUACAUUUGAAUACCAAAUUGUAUGAUCCAAUAUUAAAAAGGAUAACAGUAACGCUGAAAUCCCUUUCGAGUUUUUUUGUAAAGAAAGCACGCAGAAACUUCAAAUUUAAGGGGAAAGUUACUACUAUUCGAAGGAACAUUCUUUGGUAUUUAUUUUUUGAUAAUUAUCUCUUUCAAAUGUUAGCCGCGGCUACGUCUCAGAUGGUCCAUCCGUUGAGUCCAAUUUUCGAUGGCUAGUUCGAGCAUUUCCACUGUUAACUGGCAAAUGACAAGCGUGAUGUUUUGCUCCAAGACCUCAAUCGAAGAGGUAUUUACUUUAGACCUUACAUUUCCCUACAGGAAAAAGUCUUGUGGUGUGUUAUUACACAAUCUUAGUGGUCAAUUCUCUGAAUAAAUUCAUUGAUUGAUACGAUACGUGGAAAGUGGCGCCGUCUUGUUGAAACCAAAUGUCCCCGAGAGUAGGAGCUUCAAUUUCAGGCAUUAAAAAGUCGGUUAUCAUGGCGCGAUAACGGUCGUCAUUAAUGAUUACGUUCUCACCGGCAUCUUUUUUGAAGAAAUAUGGACCGAUGAUUCCACCGGACCAUACGAGUAUACACACCAAUUAUGCUCUUCAUCCCAAAUGUGGCAAUUUUCUUCUUAAAAUUCAGCCACAAAUGGGCCUCAGACAAUAAAAUUUGGCUCGAAAACGACGGAUCUUCUUGGAACUUUUCAACAGCACAUAGAGCGAAGCGAUGCCGUUUGGGAUGUCGAGUGUUUCAGUUCUUGCACAAGCUGUGCGCUUUCUAUUUAAGACCUUGACUGGAAAUGCCCUAAGUCGUUGUUGCGAACGGCGCGGAAUCGACUCUGCACGGUCUUUGUGUACAUUAUCAGAUACGGCUGCUAUAUUUUCUUGACUGCGUGUUGAAUGAUUUGUAGACGUUGUUCAGGCGUAAGUCUUUCCAUAAUGAAAUACCAAACAAUACUGAACAAAAAUAAUAUGACAGCAAAAAAGACUAUUGAAAAAAGUACCACAACUUUGAUCACCCGUUACAAGUGGUGGCCUCGUAUUAUUUUCAAUCUUGAGUUAAAGGUAUUUAUUAUUUUUUUUAUAUUUGGUAUACACAGCCCCAGUCCUAGUCAUACCUUUUUAGAGUUCUACUCAUAUUUUGCUUAGCAUCUGAAUAGCAAAUAAUUUGAUAUUUAAUCAAUAUUAUAUUAAUGUAACUUUUAAGCGAAAUUAAAAUAAAUUAAAUAUUUAAUAAUUUAGCAAUUAAUAGAGUUUAAAUAAUUUUGUAAUGAAUAUUAGCACAAUAUUGAAUUAAUUUUGUUUAGAUGAAAGUAUGCGUAUCAAAUUGCAUUGUUUGUUUCAAAACUAGCAGAAUUUAGUUGUAUUUGUUUAACGUAGAAAUUAAAUAUUGUAAUUGUAAUUCUAAGUGUUAUUUUCCUGCAUUUGAUUUCCGUUUCGCGUGCUUCCGCGCGCUUAUCCCGGAUAUGUGAAGUGCGUGUGGCAAAUGAAUACUCAACGGAACAUUUGUUUUAGAUAAGAUUGGCUAAGAGAAAGCGUUGUGAAAUUGAGCUGUUUUAAAACUAUUAUUGGUACUUUAAACAAAAAUGAAAAUAUUGAAAUUAUUAAUAUAAACAAGCUGUUUAUUAUUUGUUUGAAUAUUGGUCGUUUUCUUAUCCUUAAACCAUAUGUAAGCCAUUACUAUUGCCACCGAUUAACCGUAGCUCUUUUAAUUAUCAUUCAAUCACUUAGUGUUGUUAUUAUUUUGUAGUCGAAAAACUUCUAUUUUAUAGUACAUCAAAUGUGUAUAUCUUUGAUAUAAAUGCAUAAUUAUGCAACUAAUUAUAUACAGAUACACAUCAUAUAGAUAUUAUACGGUUAUUACUACAUUAGCGAUAUUACAAGUAUAUUACGUCAGCAUUCUAUCUAACAAUAAAGUGAUAAUAAAAAUAAAAUCAGUGAAAGCAGUAAUAAAAAAUAAUGUACUUUAAAUAUAAUAAAGAAAUAAAUUUGAAAAUAUAAUACAUAUACUUUUUUUAUCAGUUAUUAGCAAACCAACAAGAAAAAACUAUUGCAUGACUAUUGUGUUACUAGCGAACAAUUUGUUUUUGUGUUAAGAUGAACAUAUUUGUCCUCUUUAUUACGAAGCAUUUCCACUAAUUAAAGUGUAAGUAUAAUUGUUAAGUUAAUUUCUUAGUAAAACAUUGUAAUUUAUGCAUUCUUUGUAUUCUUAAGUACUUUGCUUUGUUAACUUUAUUACUUUCCUCCUGUUGAGUAGUUGAGCUGUUUUAUUACGUAAAGUCGAGUUAAGUUCCUACUUUCUUUAUUAUAGCAUGUUUUAAGUAAGCAGUUUAGCGACCGCUUGCUGCUUAAUUCAUUGUUCGACCUUCUUGACUCUUGUCCAAUGGACAUUGCGCUAAAAAUAUAGCCUUCCUAUGCAUAUAUGGACGGGUGUACUGAAGUAUAUUCGUAAGUGUAUUUUUAUACCCUGAACAUGGUAUGUAUAUCCAUUUACAACAAAGUUUGUAAUGCUUACAAAGAAACGUGGGAGAUCCUAUAAAGUAUACAUGGUAUGUCCUAUAAAUAAUUGAACUUUUUGAGUAUAGACUAAAAUGAAAAUAGAAUAAUUGAAAAUUAUUAUUUAGUCAAAAAAAUUCAGUUGUUUCUAAAGGGAAAAAACACUUUGUUUGCUGAGAACAGUCCAAGAUACAGUAAUGUAAAUUUCAGGAAGCCUCUAUAAUCAGACUUGGGUUAGAGCAUUUCAUUUCAAACACAAGUAAUAUUGAAAACAGCGAAGCCUAUUCUGUUCUAAUCCCACACUGUUUACAGUCAAACUUUUAAUUGCAUUUAGUGAUGUAAAUAUUAUUUCCAUUAAAUACAUAGUUCGCUAAAGGUGUUUUUUGCUAAACUAUACCAAUAUAUGGUCAUAUAUGAAAUAUUUGAACUAUAGAAAUAAAAAACUCACUCAAUUAAAAAAACGGUAAUUAAAAAUCAGUAAUCACCACGUAAUGUGUUUGCAUGUAAAUAUUAAGUUUUUAGAGGAAGGUGUAUUCAUUCCUACAUUUAGACGAUUCUGCGUUUUUUUUCACAGUAUGUUAAGCCAAUUAAUCUCAUUGUUUGAAAUUUUUAACAUAACAGAGAGCAAGCAUAUAAAAUAUGUAUGUAUAUAUAUUCAAUUAUACUUUUUUAUAAUAUUUCGAAGGUUUGUUUUUUGAAAUGCAUAUUUUAAAAGUUUAUAGUAUGUAGAUAAAUUUUCAAUUAUUUUCGGUGCCCUGUAAUCCUUAAUUAUAUCAUAUUAUCGGAAUGUAUUAUGCUACAGUUUCAAAGCCGUUCUUCCCUUUAGACAGAUUUAUUGUACUCUUGCAACAUGUUGUUUACCUAACGGUUGUUUGUAUCACCUAAAAAUAAUCGAGCCAGACAUAGGAUUAUAUACUUAUAUAAAUAUGAAUGAUAAGGAUGACGAGAAGGGUUGACAUCCGAGUGACUGUAUGUCUGUUCGACCGUCCGUGCAAGCGAUACUGGAGGAAAAAUUCAGAUGUCUUAAAAUACUUGGUCCACAGGCCCCUUGGCAAAAGGGCGAGUUUGUAGAUGGUCGUAAUCGAACCACUACGACGCCCACAAAGUGCCACUAAUCGAUAACGUAUAAAGAUGCAAAUCUAAAGCCAUAACUAAGCUUUAAAUUAAGAUGCAAAUUUAGAUGAGAAAAGAAAGAUGCAAAAAUUUAGCAACACGAAUCGCAUAGAGGUACACCUGUGGUUAGGCAAAUCUUUUGAGAGUGGGUUUGUAAACAACCAAUAAAGCUUCAUUCUUUCAUACCUGCUUAGAAUAGUACGAAAAUGUGUGAAAUCGGAUGAUAACCCCACCCACUUUCCAUUUAACGGGUUUUGAUAAAAACUACUAAAGUGCAAUAAAUGAGUAACUAAAUGCGUCAGAGACAUUAAGAUGGUAAGAGAUAGCUUUAAAAGAGCUGGUGUAAAAAGUGGACGAUGGAAGUGGCACUGCCCACAUUUAGGGGAAAUCACAUAUCAUGGGACUUGCCCGACCGAUUGCAACCAAAUUAGGUAUAUGGCAUUAUUCUGACAUUCCUAUGUAACAGUGCAAAAAUUCUUCUAUUUCCCUUAUAACUCAAUUUCAAAUUCCAUCUGAUUCUAACAUUUUCAGUGUACAAACAUAGCCUUGAAUUUUCCAAAUCCAUCAAAAAACGUUCAAGCACCUAAGUACC